CGGUGAACCCACGUGUCGUUUUCGUUUACUGAGUGUAGCGUGUUUACAUCGUGCUUCUGUACGCUAAAUGUCGUGAGGUUUUAGUUCGUGUGUAUAAAUCUGUGUCGUUAUUUUUAAACUUAUUUCUGACUCACUUCUGAGUUUAUAAUGAUCUGUUCAUAAGCCAUAACGCGAUUGACGUGAAUUACACGUGAGAUGUCGAUAGAAAACCACAUCAAUAUAACAACAGAUGGUGGCAGAGUCAUGACGUCAUCAUCAUCGUAAUGAAGAGGAAAGCACAGGAGAGUGUGAUGAUGUCACGUGAGAAGAAGAGAGUCAGACUGGAGAACAUCUCACAGGAUGUGCUGACGGUGAGAGAUCUGUGCGGUCUGAUCCAGUUCUCCACGCUCAGACCCACUCACAACAUCGUGAAGCCCAGCUGGUUCAGCGUCAGUGGUGAUGAUGGAGUCUCUCGGGUUAAUGUGAUGAUUCUGGACGGACUCACACAGACUCACUUCUACAGAUACUUCACGCACUUCAAACACCUAAGCAACAAAUACACUGCUAGAUGGAGUCUAGCGCCCUCCUCAGGUGACCUGAUGUCUGAUCUACUCAACUCUGAUGUCACACAAUCUGUAGAACACCUUAAGAUCUCAGCUCGGCUCAUGCUGAAUCCAGUCAUCCGUCGGUUUGGUCUGAAAGCUUCAGGGCUGAACGCUUUUCUGCUGAACGAGCGGGACAUGAUCAAACACAACUUCCCUGUGAAGGGUGGGCGGGACUGCGAGGGCUUCGUGUGCACUCAGAGCGACGGGCCGGUGACUGACAGCAGCCCUCUGUUUGGACUGGACUGUGAAAUGUGUUGUACUUGCGCUGGUCUGGAGUUAACUCGAGUGGCUCUGGUAGACUGCACUGGACAGUGUGUACUUAAUGAACUAGUUAAACCACACAACCCUAUAAUAGACUACCACACCAGGUUUUCUGGGAUCACGAGUUUGAUGCUGAACCCUGUAAAAACUCGACUGACAGACGUUCAGUGUCAAAUCCUGAAGCUGUUGCCUCCUGACGGCGUUCUGGUGGGUCACUCGCUGGAGAACGACCUGCGGGCCCUACACCUGAUACACCAUCACGUCAUCGACACGUCUCUGCUGUACCGCAAAGAGUUCGGUCAGAGGUUUAAACUCAAACACUUAGCUGAAGUGAUUCUCAAAAGAGAGAUUCAGUCAGAAGACAGGAUGGGUCAUGACCCCUGUGAGGACGCUUUAGCCGCUCUUCAUCUGGCUCAAUACUUCAUCAGUAAAGGACCCAGAGAGGUUGUGCAGGAUCAUAUGGAGGAUUUGUGGGAGAUGGAGUUCUGUGGUGACAGUGACUCAAACACUCCUCACAGCAGCAGCCCCCUCCCCUUCGGACACGCCCUCUACACAUCCGGCAAAUCAGCACUCUACCUGAGCACAACAGCAGAUGACACAGACUCACUGACCAAUCAACAUGUGUGCAGAAGACAACACUGCACAACUAACAGAGAGGUGGUGUGUGUGUUCAGGCGUGUGGUUCAGUCUUACACACUCAGUGUUCUUCAGUUCUCACACAGUGAAAAUCUACAACAAACACCAGCACAAAGACAACAACAUCUACAGCAGAUGAGUGUGUGUUUGAGAGAGAUGUGUGUGUUGUACGUCGGGCCGUGGCCCAGUGAUACAACAGUGAAACAGAUACACAAACUCUUCAGAUGCUGCGGUCGCGUGCGGACGGUACGAUUCCUGCACAACACACAUGGGAUUCACGCUGAGGUAGUGUUUGAUCAUCUUGAAGGCGCUCAGCUGGCUGUCAAUCAUCUGACGGAUCAUCACAUCAGUGACUGUCACAUCAAGGCUCGUCGUCCAGUACACGAGUGGUGUUUGGAUCUGGAUGAGCGCGUCUCUGAACGUCAGCGUGAUAUUCUCACCCAUCACAUGAUCUAUGUGUGUAAUCUGUCCUCUAAACAUCAUCACCAUGACGACCUGCUGCACACCUUCAAACAGUUUGGCCCCAUUCAACACAUCAUCAGACCUGCAAAGCAUGCUGGGAAACGCCACUGCAGACACGCCUUCAUCUCGUUUGAGCGCAGUGAGAGUGCUCAUGCAGCAGUGGGCGUCGCCCUGCAGAUGGGCAACAGGAAGUUAUCGGUGUGUCACGCUCUGACCCCGCCCCACAUGACCUCAUGGACACACGCGCAGGCCGUAGUUACAGAAACCAGCCCGGAAACAGCGGGGCAGAGAGAGGGAUGUGAUCCGCAUCAGAUGGAGCGUCACAUACAGAAACUGGAUGGCAAGGUGGGAAAAGUGUUUGGAGCGUUGGAGAAGAACUGCAUGAGCAUCGUCAUCCUGCCGGGAGUCAGGAGCGCUUCUGUGGAUUAUCUUGGCUUGUGCUUUAUUCACAUCAAACGUGACGACACCAUCUAGUCCUCCAAGCGUCGUCACGGCAGAUGAUUGGUUCUGACUCCGCCCAUUUGGAAGUGUUCUGUGAAAUGUUUUGAUAAGAGAUGCUGUUUUUAUAUUGUCUUUGCAUUCUGUUAUAAACAGUGAAAUGAACUUCAUUCCUGCUGUUGUGUUUGUUUAUGUCACGUCUGAUGACUGCUUUAUGAGUCCAGAGAUGAAGAGUCAGACUCGUGUUAAUAAAAAUACAAGUUGUUUGUGAGGAAA